UUUGCAGUUUCACAGCAGGUUAGAUUAGGGUGUAAUACUGACACCAUAUAGGUUGUGUUAUUGAGAGCUCUGACACACACACACGCACACACUCACAAAGCAAUAACACAGGUGCGCAUUUUUCAAAAAUAAGCCUUCAGAAAAGGAGGGCUCAACCAAGAUAUUUUUUUCAGAAACUCACCAUAUCUUCUGUGAAUUAUUUGACCGUAUGUACCAAUAGUUAUCCCUACAUACUCGAAACCCACAAGUUGAUGUACUCAUUCAUUUGGGUUUACCAGUCUUCACCAUUAGAUCGACAAGUCUCUAAUAGUCAAGAGGUAAAGAACCAGACAUACGGCUACACUAAUCACAACAAGUAUUCAUUUAGGCAACACUUUCGCUGUUUAUUCCCCGACUACAUGCAUGCUACAAGAAGCUAUCCACAAGGCCACAACAAAUUCACACAUAUCUAGAAAGCAACGCAUAACAUUAUGGCUUCCAAUAAGAACAGGGCUUGACAGGGACCAUGUCAUCAUCUGUCUUGCAAUGGAACGCCCGUCGAAAUCUUUCGCUGCUCCCUACGUGAGCAUUAACGAGUAUUCUUGCUGGAAUUCCAGCCUUGUGCUUGAUCUUGUACUUUUCAGAUCCUGGCUGCUCGCAAAGACCCAUCGCGUAGAUGACGUAGAACAGCAUAUCAGCUGAAAGGCCUGGGUCUAUGUGUAGACCAUCGGGAUAGUGCUGCGUCACUCUAUUGUGGUAAGCCUGAUAGAGCGGUUCUAGCAAAGCCCCGCGAGCCAGGAACUUCUCCAUGAACACUUGCCGGCUGCUGCUUAUCAGCAGCUCUUUCAAUCUGUGCCCGUACAGAUUCUUGAAGCAUUCCUUCUUCCGAUUUGCCUUUGUUUCUUCUUCUAUGUCCCACCAGUUCGCACUGAUGCCAGAAGGACCGAUUAUGCGCUCGGCGCCUCUAGAAUCCAUAGCUGACAUCAUCGCUUCCAGCAUGGAAGCUCCGAUUAGCGGCAGGAACAGUGGAUCUGCCGGGUUGCUGACAUUAUUGAAAGUUCCGAACAUAGCGUGGGGUAAGUACACGGUGUUCACCUCUGGUAGAUAGCGGGGAGUCGUAUCGAACACUGAACCAGGGAAGAAGCCGAAUCUCACCGAAUCCCUCGCUGGACCUCCUUGGAGCAGGCUGACAACAUCUUUACUGCCCACAACCUUCUCACCUCUUGCGUAGGUGAUGGCAUCGAGGGGGGCUGCGCCGAGUAUUACCACUUUGAGUGCUUUCAGCUUUUUUAUUGCUUCCUUGCGUGUUCCCGGGGUUGUGAACCAUUCUUCUGCGUGUUUUGCUAGAAUCCUCUUUAGGUCACUGACAAUUCCACGAACGGCUACUUCCUUCGGCUUUUCGUGCGUCCAGUCCUGUGCUCCUAGUGCCAUCAUACCCAAGAUACGCAUCCCGUGUUCGUAAGCCUUUUCCGUUAGCCUCAGACAUCCCUGCGUGGACACAGAAACACCGCGUAUUGUCUUACCCAUGCCCAGGGGUAUCAGGAAGGUCAGGUUUCGUAUCAAGGGCGAUAGCUGCACAAGGGUGUAAUAAACCAUGUAGUUGGCGACAUCCAAUGUAGACGACGCGUUCUUCAAAACAUGUCUAAGUUUGAACAAAUAAUUUCGGUCGAGCGUCCUAAUAUCCUUCUGGUUGCUCAGAGCCGUCUUGAGCAAAACUUGCCAAUCAUCGUCGUCUUGAAUCAAGUCGAGGACAUUCACCGCACGGUGACUCAGCGAGACGUAUUCCUUUGAUAUCACUUUCACUAGGGCCUUCUCCAGCUUUAUAAUGCCCUGGGCUAUUCUGUCCCCAUCUUUGUCUUCGAUUAGGGAACGUAUCAGACGUUUGUAGUCAUCUUCGGCAGCGCUUGGAUACAGAAGUUGAAAUCUAGAGACGGGCAGGGUCGGUGAAUCAGCGAACAGGGCGAAGUUACUACGCUCUCCGCCUUUCCAUCUGGUUCCGCUCGGUGCUAUGAAUGUCUCUAACAAGGGCUGCGACUUGUAGAAUCGUAGGCAGUAGGCUUGCAGCUUGGCCAGCGUUUGAAUUCCUGACAGCCGUUUCAAUGGCCAAAUUGGAAAACGGGGGCGAAUAUGAGUAAGCGUUCUGUCACCCUGAAGACAACCUUUGAAUAAAGAUGCGGCGUUCUUCUCCCAAGCGUUGCCUGUUGCCUUGUGGAUGAUGUAAUGUUUUAAAUGUUUCAUGAACCUCGCUAGGCUCUGAGACGGAAAGUCCAUUUCCUCGACGUUGUCAGACGCAAACCACUUCGACGAACAAACAUGAGAGUAGAAGUCGUGACACGGCUUGAUUGUCCAGUCCAAUUUCGAAGAUAUGUAACGAGAAAUCCACUUGCACAUUGGGCGCUUGCAGUCUUUCCUGUCAGUCGUCCCAACGUCAUCAGGGUCGACCUCACGCCAGUUCUCGAAGCUGUUCACAGAAGGAGCAUUUUGAACGGCGUCCUUGUGGAGGUUUUCAGUGCUGGUCACUUCAGCUCCCUUAUCUCCAUGAACAGUUUCAUACUUCCGCUCAUAUAUGGCACUCUUAUAUAGCGGUUUACGAGUGAGGACGAUUCCAGUCGUCGACGCGUUGAGUAUCACCGAUGUGAUUGCUGUGGUGUGGGUUGUUGUUUUCUGGCUUAUAUCAAAGUUGCUGAAGAACAAUACGGUACCCAUUAUGACCAGCGCGGCAACGGACAGAAUAAUUGCGGCAGUCUUAAAGCCCAGGACAUGGCUCCAGGGAAGUGAGUCAUCGAAAGCGUUCACGUCGUCGCUGACCGACAGACUCCGAGCGCUUCCUACUGCUCCGGGCUUUCGCUGUUUCUCAGCGACCAUGGUACCAGGCCCACCACGCCCGCAAGGAAAGCUUCCCUGGGCGCUGCUUCCUUCUUCAGGACGCCACUUCGUCGUCGUCGUCGUCGUCUUCCUGGGGCGUGAGGAAGACUGCAUCGGAUUAAAGAGAAGCUUUGCCCUUGCUGGCAACUGGGGAGUAGAAGUUAGUUAUCAUGCUACGGCCAUAUGGAAGUGGUUGCCCAUGGUCAGUGCACUGUUUGUGUUGCUUGAGACUAUUUUUAAAGGCGAUGGUAUAGGCAGGUAUGGUAUAGGCAGGAAGUAUCGAUGGCGAUAAGACUCCGAAGGUUUCUGCCAAGCUUAAAGUCUAACUAUACCGCAGCUUUGUGCUUUCCUUCAGUCAACAAAUCAAAAGUUUUAUUUUGCACAAACUUACUGCCGUUAUUUUGUUUAUUUAUUUUCACUUAUAUUCUUUUAUUUACUAAUCUGUUGCAUUUUGACGUACUACCUAGCGCGCACGUCAGAUACUUUGUAUGGUGUGUUUUCAUAAUUAUAGAUAUGAAGGCACAAUCUCAGCCCAAGCUCGCUGAACAUGCAGCUCAAUUUUGUCACUAUCGUCAGCGCCACGCAAAUAAAUCAUUACACCGAGUUCCAUGCUCCCACCGAGGCAAUAUGAUGAGGCUUCUAGCCACCAUAAGCAACGUGCGCAAACGAGAUUUGCUUAAAAGAAACUCUGGGAAUGGCUUGAUAGCCAGCAUGCCAGGAUGUUCCGUUGGCUAGACCGUAGAUUCUUAGCCCCAUACCCUUUUAAUUCCACGGUUCAUUGCAAGGAAAGGCGGCACGAAUCUCCGUCCCAGAGGCAGGAUGGUGGGACUGGGGUACUACGACCGUAAGAGUGCGACCUGGGUCGCCUAAAUGGGGACGCGAGGUCACAUUAGUAUAGUACCCUUUACACUUGGAAGAAAUACGUAACAGUUUGCUAUCACAACAGGUUAAUGUGUGAAGCCGUAAGAUACGAAUAAAUUACGUAUGCACAGCCCGCUGCGUUCCCUUCAGGCUCCGCAUACACAGCAAUGCUUUCUUUUGUUUUUCUUCUUUUUACGCAAUGACUCAUGACGCUAAUAUGCUGCAGUUGCACAGGGGCCUUCGCAUACAUGAAUUAUUCCAGCGCAUUUUGCGACUAUCUUUUGCAAGUUUGACAGUGUUUCUGCAAUACCCAACCUUCUGAGGUGUUCCCCACGAAGUUGUUCUUCCAAAGUACACGGCAUCUCCUGCAGCGCAUUCUUUGAUGAAAUUACGCUUCUUUCGAAUUAAGCAGAUUAGCGGAAGUUGAGUGUCAGUGACAUUAUAGCUUCACAUAUUGAAGAAAUGCAAGUAGCAUAAGGACGGCACGAGGAAAGUUUUCCGAUAGCACAGUACUUGUGAUGUGUACCAGAGAAAGUUUUUUUUGUUGUUGUACUUUUGCAUUGCAUCUAAUUCUGAUUUAUUUUUCGCACGGGCUCUGGGAAGACGCGGAAGAAGAAAAGAAACAUCGCAUUCGCUCAUCCUGCCACGCGGUACCAUUCGGAACCGAUACAGUCAACCGUCAAUACCUCGACGCGCAAGAACCAAAGAAGGUCACGCAGCAAUGGUCCGGCAACACGACGACCGCCGUCGGAAACGCCCAGCUACCAAAAGUUCCAGAAAGGCCAAGGAACUGUCGUCGUCGACCUCAGCACCCGCGCCCGACACCCGGACAUCAUCAACAUGGAACAGCGUCGUUGGUUUCCUCAGCUCCAGCUCCUACACCCACAGCUCCGAACUCUUCUCCAGAGAAUAUUCCUUGACGGCACCUGCACCCUCCAAGAAGAGCGCUGCGUCUCCUUCAUUCCAGGCACCAAGUUCUCCGUGGGCGCAUGACAGCUACCGAAAGCAGUCUUCCACUCUUGGGGAUGGAUCAACCGGCGAGCAGUCGACCGAUUUCAACGCUGACUGUUCCCGCCACAACGACGGCAACGACCCCGGUACUGCAGCUCGUACGUCACGCACUGCUGUGCCGCAGCGGUCCAGGGGCAUCAGAGACUCCAAGGGGAAGGAGACGUCCAAGAAGUUGGAGAGCACCGCCAAGGCGCCGCAGACGACGACAAAGAGGCCUUUCUUAUUGAAAGUAACUCUUCUAAUCGCCACCGCGAUCGCUAUUUUUGGAGUGGGAAUAUUUAUUUCUUAUAUCAACGCGAAAUAUUUAUUUGCACGAAGGGGGUAUGAUACAGACCCAUCCAUGUAUCAAGCAGCGUACGAUUUUUGGCAGACGUCCCCCCGAGCGAAUGGUACAGGUGCACGGAUGGAAGUGAGAGCACGACCACCUGCGAAAGGAACGUUGUUCAGCAGUGACGUACGUGGCCUAGGCAGCGUAGUGGACGACACGGCACCCAGAGCCAAUGGAGCUUCCGAUAUGGCAGUUGAAGAACACGUCCGCUCGACUACGCAAAGCGAACGAGUUUGGCGCAAGAAGAAACUGCAGGUGUGGGAAGGAAAGAGGAUUUACGAACUAAGUUCCAAAGUAGAAGAUACAGUGAUCACAGCGGAAAGCAGCGUUGGUGUCACAAGAACGAGUGACGAAGCAGAAGCCGUACGAGUGACUCAAGAAAGACGUGUCAUAGAACUCGAUGCACCUGUGACGAAGACACGAAGACGUAAGGACACUUCCAAAAAAUAUGGCGUCCACUUUUAUGAAAACACUACGCCUACCAGAUCCUAUCAUACGACUGUCAUCCCCAAGAAGAUAAACUUCUGUGAGACAAAGAUUUGCGAGGCAGAAUCAGUCUAUUUAACGAACUACUUAAGCUGGAACGUGAAGCCCUGUAAAGACUUUUACAGUUUCGUGUGCAGUCGGUGGAAGAGCCUGCAUCCAGAUGUCGGAACAUCCGCAGACGCGUUACUGGUGCAGAAAGUUGAAGAGGAUAUAUUCCACGGGCUGACGACGAAAGAACGCGUCACUGCUCAAACACUGAAAGCUGAACAGUUGCUGAAUGCUUGCAUUCGUACUCCGGCGUUUCAGGACUAUCGGUCGAUACUGCUGGACUUCAUGGGCAGCUUUGGUCUACGUGGAUGGCCCUUUGUGCGUAACACCAAAACCCUCAUAGACGUGUGGAAGUCUGCUGGCCUCCUGGUCAGGAACGUUGGCUUGCAUACGCUGGUUUCAGUGGAUCUCGAAAUUGACCCUGACAACGAUGACAGGUACAUGAUAGCGUUGGGCGAACCCAGCCUCCUGAUUGGGCAGUACGGCACAAAAGACAGCAUCCUGCCUGAAUGGUACAGCAUGGCGGUCACCACAUGUUUCAAGAUCUUCACCAGCGGAAAGUACGUUGAAAUUGCGAAGAGAGUUCGUGAUUUUUCUGUACGGCUUGCUGAAAUAACCUUGAACCGGGGAUACGAAGAAUUUUCUACGAACCGGUACAGGGUUAUGCAGCUGAAAUAUCACAGCAACCUCAUUCAACUGCUGAAGACUGUGUUCAACAAUAUUACAACUGUGCACAGCCGCAUGAAGGUGCUUGUAAAGUCCGAACACUAUCUCAAGUCCCUCAGGUCAGUGCUGCACGUAAGCAAAGGAGUGGAUAUUCUCAACUACUUGGGGUUUCGUAUUCUCCUGCACGUUUCACCUUUGCUUCCGGAUCAAGCGAUUGACCUCGCAACCAUACAGAUGAGAGAAAUCACCGGAAUCUCUCGCAGGUCAUGGCCAAGGUGGAGGCGUUGUCUACGCAUGUUCGAACGUGUGGCUCCAUCUCUGUUUUUACAUACUUACGCCCUGUCCAAGCGUCGGCAUAAGAAUCCUGACAAGAUUUGGAGACUACUAAACGAGAUCCAAGCCACGUUCGUCCUCGGCAUUGGAAGCGCCCCCUGGAUGAGCAUAGACGACAAAGUCAUGCUGAAGAGUAAGGUAGCGCGGAUCAAGCUCGAGGUUUUCCAGAAAUUUUGGAGUAAACACUCAAAUCGUUUACCUGAUGAAGAGAUUAAACUAGGCAUACAGCAUCGGGGUAUAAUUAUCAUAUACAAGACGCUGGCAACACAGUUCAUGGAAAGGCAGCUGUCAAAGAUCAGGCUACCUCGCAGCGUCGAGUUUCCUGCCUGGAAAGGUUCUGUAUUCGACACAGAACCAAUAUUCGACAGGGAUUCGGAUACAAUUUUUAUACCAAUGGCUCUGUUCGACCAAUCCUACAUGAUUGACAGUGAGUCUAUGCUUCUGCAAAUUCCUCGUGUAGCCACAAAGGUAAUCAGCGUACUGUUUCGAGGGAUUCAUCAAAACAACUACCCAAGAAGUAAGCUGAGGUGGUCAGUCGACACGCAGAUGGGCUACCAUGAUCUGCAAGGCUGCAUACAGAAACAUUACGAGAGGGACAACGACCAAAGAAUUCGGCUGGAAACAAGGUCGGAGCUUGACACUAUCGAUAGUUUGUCUAUCUUUCCUGCUUUCAAGGUUUUCGUGAAAAAGGUGAACAGAAUUAACAUCGAGGAGUACGGACUACUUACCGGGAUCAACAUCACCGUCAAACAGUUAUUCUUUGUCUUGUACGCGAAGAGCUUCUGUGAAACCAUGGAUGCAGAGCGUAAGAGGCAAAUAAUGCAGGAGUCUGUCACCAGUGUAAAUUCUCUAAGGGUGAACGGAGCUCUUCGAAACUCUUACCGGUUUCCGACCUUUUGGGACUGCGCUAGUGAUUCUUCGAUGAACCCUAAUCAGAAGUGCACCAUAUGGACAUCGUGAGGGGGCGUCAAACUAUUGCUUAGACACGAUUAAAAGCAUUCAGAUAACGCU